GCCCAUUUUACGGUCGUCUUCACGCGACAGUCCCGUAGACAUAGGGGCGCCCGCGCGGGGCGAGGGGAGAAGCGGCGGCACGCGGCGGCGCAGCUUGUUUCAAGGUCGGCACAUCCUGCAGGCCAGUUGAAGUCGGCCUACCACCCCUGGACCAGCCCAAAGCCGAGUCACGGCCGCACCGCAACUCGCCAGCUUCCGCGCACCAGCUGCGCCGCCCUCGCCAGGCAGCGAUAUCUCCUAUCUCUCCUGCCGGCGGGUCGGUGGUUCCAGCGGACAAGAUGCUGGGCGUCUCCACCAGCCAGCUUUUGGUCAUCCUCGGGGCCUGCUCCGUGAUGAUGAAGCCCAGUGACAUGAUCAAGAUGGCAAGGGUGGCAGGGAGGAUGACCGGGAGAGCGGUCGGUCGCCUCAUGCUCUACCGCCGGCAGAUGGACGACAUCUUCGAGCAGACUGCAGCGAAGAAGAUUAAUACGGAGCUUCAAGAUGCCAUGUCAAAGUUACAAUCAAUUGGUUAUGAAGUUCAGAACUUAUCUAGAAUAACUCCUGGCCAGUUUAUCAAAAGGCAGCACAACACCGAGGGCAUGACUGAAGCAGGAACAUAUGAUGGUUCUGCAACUCAGUCUGGAGAAUUUCGUGAUGAUAUUCGCAGUAUAAUUCGUGAUGAAAUUGAGAGCUUUUGUAGAAAAAAUCCUGAUCAAUUUACCAGGAGAUUAAAUAAUUCUGACGGAAUUCAGAACUCUGAAAAACCAGCUGAAGCUACAAAAUUUGAUGUAACUAAUAAAUUUGCAAUGACAUCUAAGGACAUGGAAUCAGCGAAUGCAAGCUCUACAAAUCUGCACAGCCAAGCAAUGAUGUAUGCCAGGCUAAGUGUAUCCCCAGGAACUAAGAUGAGUUCUUCCAUGAGUGUGAGUUACGGAGAACAAUUCAAGGAGAGCAAUGGACUGCUAAAUGUACUCCCAAUAUCAGCUGAAAGUGCUGGAUUGCUUCCAAAACACGCAGGUGAGCCAAAAGGUUCAGAUAUACUCCUGGAGGCUGUGGUUGAAGCAGAGGUUGCGGAGAACGCUAAAUUUUUCGUCUCACAGCCUCAUGAUCCGUCAUUGCCCAAGGAGUAACAGCAUCUUUUCAUCUCUCAAUGGCAGUUGAUACAUCGCUUGCACAUUAAACUUUCUUGGUAACUCUUAAGACAGCUUUGAUGGCUGAUGAUGGCAUGUUCUGAUCUUCACCUCAGCGGCACUAUUUUACAUUCCGACUUCAUGUCGAUCUAAAUGGAGAUAGAACUGCCGGAAUGUGAAGUUGACUGUUAAGGUGUAAAUGUUUUGUCAAAUCAAGUAGGAUGUAAUGCUGGGCAGUAGUAGCUUCUUGUGUGUGUGUGUGUGUGUGUGUGUGUGUGUUUUGCUCUAAUAGGUAUUAGUAUGUUGAUGCCCUGUGUUCCACUGUGAUGAUUGAAGAAGGUUGAGUUGCUGCAACGGGAAAUAUGUAGUAUGAUGGAAAGUAUGUGGUUAUAUUGUGUGUCACUGGGAUUAUCACAUGUUCAACACAUAUCCUGUAGUUAUGUAGAAAAUAUGUAGUUGAAACUGGAUUUUUUUUUUCA